UAAUAGCGUUAUAUAGCUAGUAUCUAGCAUCGUAUAUUAAGAAAGAUAAAUUUUUCAUGGAAACAAUGUCAAACAAGAUCAACGAUCAUGUAAUUUAUUUUCAUUUUUAAAAGAUUUAUUCUUACUGAAAUUGUACGCUAAAAAUUCCCUGAAGUCUUUUUUUUCGAUCUACAACAUAUAUGAGUUACGACUUUGAGUUUAUGAUUCGUGUUUUAUUGUAUAUCGCGCUUUAUUUCUUAUAAACGAAUGGUGCAGGAUAAAAGUUUUACACCGCAGCAGUGUUUUGUUCGAAGAAAUGGAAUUGUCGGCUGAUGGGAGAACCAUUAAAAGCUUUGAAGACAUACGAAUAAAUUUAAACGAAGAUUGUCGUAUCUGUUUACGAAGGUGUAACGAAGCAUGUCAACUGUUUCAAAACGACAAAGGCUUUUCUCAAAAACUAAUGGCACUUGCUGCUGUACAGGUAGAAGAAGAAGAUGGAUUGCCAUCAGUAAUAUGUUAUCAAUGUUCUCAACUUCUUGACAUGUCCUACAAUUUUCAAUGUCAGAUACAAAAAGCAGAUACAAAAUUACGUGGAAUAUUGAAACUUAAAUCAUGUACAGUAAAAGAUAUUGAAAAUGUAUUCAAAGUUGAAGAUAAUUUUUCUGAUAUUAUCUCAAAUACAAUAUUACAUAAAAAAGUUACAGAUAAUAUUAAUAAUGAUGUUAGAACAUGCAGUAACACUAUUGAUGAACCAUCUGUACAACUUGAUGUACAAAGUUUUUCCACUGAUCAACAUGUCUUUACUUCUGAAAUAAUUAAUGAUAAUAUAGAACCCAAUGACAAGUGCAAUUCAAUAAUUGUACUAGAGAAUAAACAAAAAACAUACAAAGUUGUAGAAAAUGUAAAAUUACCUCAAAGUUAUGAAAAAAUUACAAAUAAAUCAAAUAGUGUAACAUGUCAUUCGCCUAGUUUAAUUACAGAAACAGACUGUAUUAAAGAGGAUUUAUCUCAUGAAAAAAAUUUAUCAGAAAGUGAUGAUAAUUCCAUUGACCAAAGUACUGUUAGCAGAGAACAAAUAUUCAAAACUGAAAUAAAAGAUGAGUUACAUUUAGAAGCAUUAUCCUAUAAUACACUUGCAGAAAAUUCAUCAAAAAAUAAUGAUAUUCAAAAAGAAGGAAAACCUAUUGAUAAUUGUAGCGAUGAUGAGGAAAAACCUUUAAUUACCAGGACUUCAAGGCAGAAAUGUCUACAUUGCAUUAAAUCAUUUGCUACACGUUUAGCUUUACAAAGACAUAUGAUAGUACACAAGCACAAAACAAAAUUACGUUAUGUUUGUUACAUAUGUGAAAAACAAUUUUCAAAUAUUGCAAAAUUAAAAAGUCACAUUUUCAAUAGACAUGAUACACAUGAAAGUAAUAAAAAAAGAGUGAAAGAGAACAGUGAAGAUAAAGAUGUACAUUUAAAAACAGGACACCUUGAUAGUAAUUGUAAUAAUUCCAUCGAAAAUACUAAAACUGAAAAAAGAAAUUGUAAAUUUACAUGCAAAGUUUGUUCUAAACAAUUUACAUAUCAAAAAUCUUUCUUCACUCAUGCUAAAAGUCAUCCAGAAUAUAAUUCUGAAGAUUUAAAUGAUUUUUCUAGUGAAACUGGAACUCAAUUAAAUGAAAUCAAAAGUAAAUCGGUACUGAAACAAAGUGAGUCAGAUGAUGGAAAUAAUGAUGAUAUUGAUGAUAUCGAUAAUGACGAUGACAAUGACAAUGAUAAUGAUAAUGAUAAUUUACCAAUGGAAAGUCCUCAGUGUACACAGUGUGGAAAAUUGUUUGCAACCAAAAGAAAUCUUAAAAGGCAUAUCUCUACUCACAGUGGUUUGAAGUACAAUUGUUCGACUUGUGGAAAAGGAUUUUCAAGAAUAGAUAAAUUAAAGGAUCAUGAGCAAUCAAAGCAUAAAGAUGAAAUAUUUGGUAACUCGGAAGAAGAAAAUGAAGAUGAUACAGAUAAUGAAAAUAAAGUUAAUAGUGGUUCUAAUGAUCGAAAAAAGGGUAGACAUAAUAGGCCACAUAAAUGUGCUAUUUGUCCAAAAGCAUUUGCUCAGCAACAGUCUUUAGCUAAUCACAUAGAAAGGCAUAAACGUGCUAAAGAUAGUCAAAAAAGAUUUCUGUGCGAAGUUUGUAGCAAAUGUUUUGCUCAAAGUGGUUCACUGGUUGCUCACAUGCGUACUCAUACUGGCAUUAAACCAUAUGUAUGUAAUGUCUGCAGUAGAGCUUUCACUAAAAGCACCUAUCUACAAUUACAUUUAAGAACUCAUAGUGGAGAAAAGCCUUAUAUUUGUCAAUAUUGUAGCAGAGCAUUUGCACGUGCCAAUACUUUAGCCAGACAUAUAACGAUGCAUACAGGAGAAGCUAAAUAUCACUGCCAGAUUUGUACUAAGUCUUUUAGACGAUUAACUUCAUUAAAUGAACACACGUACACGCAUACUGGUCAAAGACCAUAUGCAUGUAAAAUAUGUACAAAAAGAUAUAACAAUGCAGGUUCUUUGUAUGCACAUACAAAGAAAUGUAAAGCUCAGCAGUUGUCUAACUCAACAACAACUUUUACUCUUCCAAUGGAUAAUACAUUGCAACAAAAUGGUGGACCUACUCCGCAGGUUUUAAUCUAUUCUCAAAGAAAACUGGUAGAGGAUGGUACUGUUGGUCAAGUUACACCAUCUCCACAAUAUAUGAUUGCUAAUGUACAUAAUCAAAAAGCCUUAUCUACAAAUAUUAUGCAACCAUUUACAGUUGAGGAUCCAAAUAAAGGCAGCAGUUUUAUAAAGGAACUAAUUUUGUUAUUCAAUAUGAGAAGACAAGGCCAAGACGUCAUGCAAAUGAAUCUAGCAGGUAUUAGGCGAGAUAUUGUAAACCUUGCUCAUAAUUAUAGCAAUGCACAGAAAGCUGUAAGAAAAGCUACCAGUAAUGAUCCUUGGGGUCCAAGUAGUACUCUUAUGGCAGAAAUUGCUGAUUUGACAUAUAAUGUUGUGGCCUUUACUGAAAUUAUGCAAAUGUUAUGGAAAAGACUCAAUGACCAUGGUAAAAAUUGGAGACAUGUUUACAAAGCUUUGGUUCUUUUGGAGUACCUUAUUAAAACUGGUACAGAAAAAGUGGCACAACAAUGCAAGGAAAAUAUUUUCGCCAUUCAAACAUUAAAAGAUUUUCAACACAUGGAAGGACAUAAAGAUCAAGGUAUUAAUGUGCGAGAAAAAGCAAAACAAUUAGUAGCCUUAUUAAAAGAUGAUGAGAGAUUAAAAAAUGAAAGAGCUAGAGCAUUGAAGGCCAAAGAGAGAUUCGCUCAAACAGUUAGUGGUUUUGGAAGUGAUGGUUUAGAUACCAUGUCACCUGUAAGCAGUGAUUUUCAAGAUUGGGAGCCUUGCAAUUUAACCGAAUCAGCAUCACGACCUGAAUUAGAAGCAGCUAGACCACAAACAGUGGGUGAAGAAGAAUUACAACUACAGCUAGCACUUGCUAUGUCAAGAGAAGAAGCAGAACAAGAGGAGCAACGACGGCGAAGUGACGAUGUUCGACUACAAUUAGCACUUAGUCAAAGUCAGCAGGACUUUAAAGCACCACAAAUUGAAAAGCAAAGUCAUAUGCUUGAUCUACUAGAUGUAAAUCUAGGUGAAGCAAGCGGCUCUUCUGCGCAGAAUGAUCCUUGGAGUAUUCCAGUUACAGCUCCACCUCCAAGACCUCAGCAAAUCACAUACUUUUUGCAUGUUGCACAUCAGUCCUUGGAUUUGUCUCAAUUUCGUAAAUGUAAGACUCAAAAUGAUCCUUGGAGUGUACCAACAACAAGCAAUAAUUCACCUGCGAUAGAUCCAUGGGCUCCUGUUACAUCUCAAAAGCAGAUUGUUGCUAACGAUCCAUGGAAAGCACCUGCUCCAUCUCCAGCAACAAUAGUGACUCCUCGCACAGCAGAUCCCUGGUCGCCAAUACCAUCUGUUAAUGAGUCAGAAACAUCUAAAGUAGAGGCUCGUCAAGAUAAAACAUUAUCUACAUCUCCAUCUUUCAAUAAUCCUACUCUGACUCAAAAUAUUGGUUUUGCGGCACAAUCACCACAAAACAUCGGUUUUAAUUUGCCAAAUUCUUCAAAUGCUGCCUUUGGUACCAUAAGUAAUGGUUUUAAGGAUCCUGGCUCUACUUUUAACAAUUUUCCUUCUCAAACUCAUGGUAGUUCCGCUGCAAGUCCAUUGGGCGAGCUUGAUGAAUUUGAUGUAAUCAGUCAGAGGAACAAACUUGGAACUGGCUCACAAACUACAAAUAAUGGAGCUAUAUUGUCUUCAGAUCCAUUUGAUCUAGGUGGCAUAGGUGAAUCUCUACCACAAAACACUGGUGCAAUAAAAAAGACACCACAAUCUUUUCUUGGUGAAAAUUCUGCUCUUGUAAACUUGGAUAAUCUUGUCAGCACCUCUACGAUUAAAACAGUAACUCCAACACCAACAGUGCCCGUAUCAUACUCAGCGAAUCCAUUUGCGACAACAGCGGCACCAUCUCAUGCCCCAAUUAACCAGAUUCGACAGGACCCUUGGAGUGUAAAUACUAAUGCUAAAGCAAAUCCAUUUCUAUCGUAGCCUGAUAAAAAUUAUUGAAAAGUUAGCUGAAACCGCUAUUACUGCAGCGAAUAUAAUAGUAUUUCAGAUUUUAUUAGUAACCCUGUACGGUAUAAGUUUAAAUUUAGAGUAAAUUAUGAUAUGAGUUGCAGAUGCAGAAUAUAGAAGAAGCAAGCAAUAGAAAAAAUUUUAUUGUUGAUAACUAAAAACAUUAUUGAUACUAUCGAAAUGUUUUAAGUAAAAAAUCUAAUUAUUGACAUACUUUUAUGGUUGCUGUUUAUAUUUAUUCAUAAUACUUUCCAUAACAUAUCGUAUAAUUGUCAGUUAUAAAUGAUUUUAUUGUGGCUAUAUCAUUUGAUAAAUUAUUUCACAAGAGAUUUUGAAUGCUAGAAGAAAAAAGUAAUAUGAUAUAAUAUUUUAACUUGAAAUGCUUAAAAGCUCCCAAGGUAAAAACUAGAUUUUAUACAUACUCUUUUCAUAUAUAGAAUAUUUUUUAAGUAUGGAUUCAUUCUCAGACAAAAAUUGCUCACCAAUAUAUUCUUUGGGUAAAAAUGUAAAAUGAUAAUGAUAUCGAGAUCAUUUCAUUUAUUUUGUAUUUAUAUACGUGUUUUCUAUAGUAAAUGAGAUCGUGAGACUGUAAUCGUAAUUUGCAAAAAUAGAUUAUAUCGAACAGGGUUCAGUUUAAGCCAGUCUUGAAUGUUAUAUGGAUUAUGAUCUAUAAAAUUCAUAUUGUGGCUUGCUUUUUAGCAAUAAGAAAUCAAGAAUACAAAUAGUGCCUGUGUUAAAGAUGUGUGCGCAUUUAUUGUUAAAUAUGAUCAGCCGUGUGCUAAUAAUUUUAUACAAUAUCUAAUACAUCACACAGUACUUGUUAAAAAUAACAAAAAUAUCAUCAUGUUCUGUAAUCAUGGUAAUAUACAUCAGUUUUUAUAUUUUCAAGCUUUAUACACCUUGAUUAAUGAGUAAAUAUACACGUCAAGUAUACUGUUUAUGAUUCCAGUAUGAUGAUAAUGGCAUACAUCUGUUUUGUGCAAAGUAGUCUUACAAAAAUAAGAACUAAUCACUGCUAUUGAAAGUAAAACGUUUCAGCAACCAGUUGCAGGUGAUUAUUAGUAUAGCAAUUGUCAGGCAAUUUUAUAACUACAACAAUUUGCAAAUUUGUUAUGAUGAGAAUAUAUAUUUAUUCAUUUAUUCUAUCUCACGACGUGAUGCAAUUUGCGUUUUCUUACGCAUUAAAAUAUUUACUAUUGUACCUUAAUUCAUGUAAAACAAAUUAUAAAUAUGUUAUGCUAUACUGUUCCACGAUCAAAUUCUUUUCUUUGAAAGUUCUAUGAACAUAAGUUAUCAUUAAUAUUAAUGUGGAAGUUUUUUUUAAUACUUAACCACAUAAGUUUUUGCAGAAGAAUUUGCUGAGUUACAUUAAAAAUAUAUUAUUUAUUUUUUUUAUAAUAAUUUAGUUGUGUCACAACAGUACAUAAAGAACUAAUAUUGUUAUUUAAUUUAAAUAAGAAAUAAAAUGUGAAAAUGUUUUUAUUAAUACUUGUAUAUAGACAUAGAUUGUUUUAUGAUUUUUAUGUUUAAUUCAUCAUACUUUUAAAGAUGGCAUUCCACCUUUGUGUGAACUUGGCAUUUCUUUUUCAAAAACUAUGAUAUGAUUUUUCUGAUUUUACACAAAGAUGAUACAUUUUUUAAAACUGUAUGUUACAAAUUGGUAAAGCAUACUAAAUGCA